UAUAAACCUUCCACCAUUAGGGUUGAAAGGAUGCCAUUCAUCUUGGAGAUAUGAACUUCAGAAAGUUGUCAUUCAAGUCAUUCCUAAGGAAUUGAUGGAUACAACUAAGGUGAACCAUGGAAACUCGGGUUUGGAAAGAUGUCGCACAUUGAUCUUAGAUGAAGCGCGCUUGGGGUUUGGUGCCACGCACGACUCCGUCCCCGGUAGCCACUGUCCUGCUGAUGCCGCCGGAGAAAACACAACCACUACCCUGCUGCUUGUCCAUGGACAACCUUUAGCCCGAGGUGUUGAGAUCAUGGCCACGGUCAUGGAUUUGGAUCUCAACUGCCCACCUCAAGUAUGCAAUUUUCGUCAAGAAAAAACCUACCUUCACAGCAUGCCAAGGGACAAGGUUCUAUUCAAGAAGGCUCCAUAAGAUGAAGUA